GCGCUUGCACUCUCAGCGAAUAGCUGAGACUGAGUGUAUGCAACAAUCCGGUCUUUAUCGUGUUAUUUUCUCCGGCAUACAUAAUAAUAAUAACAAUAAUAAUAAUAAUAAUAAUAACAAUAAUAACAACAAAUAAUUAAUAAUACCAACAAGCUUUAUUUGUACAACUGCCUAUUAUUGUAGUAGUGCUUAAACGUGUCAUCGUUGUAUCAACAAUUUAAUUAAAUAAGAAAAAAACAUUAAGGUGACGCGUUGUCGAUUGUGCGUAGUGGCGGGUAAAAUAAAUAAUUUAAAUAAUAAAUUAAAAAUUUAAAUAGUGUGAGAUUUAAAAUAAAAAUAACACCAAUUAUACGGAUAAGUGAUUAAAUAUUGGGAUAGAAAUGACGCGCCGGUGUGUUUAUCGCGUCGACGCAAACUUUUAUAUUUAGUGAAAUAAAUGUGUGUUAUUAUUUAUUAUUUUAUUAUUUAAAUUGAAAUAUUUUAAAAUAAAUUAGCGACAACUAACCCGAGACUUGUGUUAUUGUGUGCACGUGUGCGUUGUGUAAGUGUGGAGUUGGAGCUCGAUAUAUUAUUUUAUGAUAACGCGUGGAUUUUUAUAAACAGCUGUACACAUAUAUAUAUAUUUAUAUUUAUAUAUAUUUGUGGGACAAACUAUCGUUGGAAUAUAUCAUACGUUGGAUAUUGAAUUGACGAAACCAAAAAAAAAUAAUUUAUAAUUUGGAAAUGUGGCUCAGUGGCGAAACACGAGGAGGUGAUAAUUAUUUCUGACCUUGCGUUUGUUGGAUCCCGAAUAUAAGCUCGUGGAUUCCAUAAUAUUAUUGAUUAUAAAAUCAACUAAAUAUAAAACUAUAAGCAUAAUAAUUGCAUAAUAAAUCUUAGAAGCGUUACAAAUAAUCAUAAUAAUAUAUAUAUAAAUAUAUAUAAUAAUAAUAAUAACAAAAUACGAUUAAAGAAAAAAUAAUUACCGCGAUUAGUUAUAAUAUUAACUAAUAUAUAUAUAAUACAUAAAUAUACAUUAUUAUAUAUACCUUCUACCUUGAGAUAAAAUACCUCGUACCUACAAGUACCUUCAAACAUCUACCUUUCACAGCGCAAUAGUGCCUGGGUCACUAAAUUUAAAAAAAUAAUAAUAAUAAUAAAUUAGCAAAAAUUGUUACAGAAAAAAUUUCAUUAAAAAUAUUAAAUCUCAAUUCUGAUAUAAUCUGUUGCAUCUCUUUAUAUGAAGUAAUAAAUUUUUGAAAAAUUAAUUACGCGCAUUCAUGCGUUUGCGCGGUGUAAAUAUUUAAAUAAUUAAAGCUGAUAAUUUAAAGUGAAUUAAUUAAUAAAUAAGAAAUAAUAAUAAACUUUCCUCAAAACACUUAAUUGAACCAGGACAGCCAAGUACCUGCAGACAAAUAUAUUUAUAAAAAUUUAAAACAAUACUUCAACAAAAAAAAAGUAGUGGCUAAAGUUGAUACUUAAUCUUUGAGGAUUUUUGUGAAAUUUGUGGACAUUGGUGUCAUUCUGCUGCUUAUAGUUCUACGGAUACUUUAAUGCAAAUUAUUUCGAUAGUAUUUAGCUGCAACAACUGAAGAUAAUUUAGUAUGUUGCAUCAGUUGAGAUUGCGGACACUCGUCAAGCUACGAUAAUUAUCACAAAAGACAUUGUAAUUCAACGCAAUAAUUGUCAGUGAUGAAUUACAUCGUAAGAAUGAGUGAAAUUGAGAAUUCAAGUUGAGUCGCGUCAGCGACGUCAACGCAAAAAACACAAUAACUCAGCGUGACAGUGCGGAGACUUAUAAAUUCCAUAAAUCCUGUAUUCUACUGGAUUUAAAUUACAAAAAUAGAUCAUCAAUAUCCAGCAAGACGUCAAACCUAAACAGUCUUGGCGUGCCUGGAAGUGGUCAGGCAUCUGACCACAGGGAAUUAAGUAAUCGAGCACAUGAUGGAAAAAGACGAGGUGGGAUCACUAGCCAGCGUCAUGUUUUUUACGCGUUAUUAUUAUUCUAGUCCAUAGUAAUUUUUAAAAUAAUCCGCGUACUGACGUAACAUAAAACAUUAUCAAAUACACAUGAUAUAAAAAAAAAAUUGUAUGUGUUUAGGUCAAUUACAUGAUACCAUUGACGAAGUCUCGGUCAAUAUGCAUGGCGCUGCUAGUGGUUCUGGCUCGACAUCAGUUACCACAAAAAUUGAUCGUACAAGAGUUACGGUGACCAGCUUAGUGAACAGUAACGUGGCCGCAUCGCGGUAUCAUGAUUCUGUGGGUAACAAUAAUAACAAUAAUAAUACUAAUAAUAACAACAACAUCAACGCAACAACAAAUAUCAACGAAAACAGCCAUACCAUUAUUAAUAACAUCAACAACGUCAACAAUAACAUCAACAGCAAUAACAACAUUAGUACAAACGGUAUGGGAACUGGUGACAUUGCAUUGGCACCAACGUCCAGAAUGAGUCCACCCACGAGUAUGGACACGUCUGAAGGUACGACCUUAAUAACAACCGGGGAACCAACGAUGGUAGCGCCGAUGGUUAAACCCGAAAGUCCUGAUAUAGCGGCAGGAACGUCUAUUGGUUCGACGGCAUCCUCAACCGUUAGUGGACACACUGUUGUUGGUCCUGGUGGUUCACUAUUUGCUGGGAUUGCCAACAGCAAUAAGCGGCCGAGACCAGAUGACUGGUUGGCACCUAGCAGCCCUAAUUCGCCCCAAAAUCUUCCGGUAAGGCAUCUUGUUUAUACGACGCCCCAACAACAACUUUGUCAUACGCCGACGCCGCAGCAGCAGCAGCAGCAGCAACAACAGCAGCAGCAGCAACAACAGCAACAGCAGCAGCAGCAGCAACAGCAACAGCAGCAACCGACACCACCACCUCAAAAACAACAGGUGUUACAACAACAGCCGAGCAUGACACUGUCGACAUCCAUCAGCCAAACGGGACAACAGCCUAAUAAUAAUGGAUAUGUCAGUCCCAUGAGCUCGGGGAGUUAUGACCCUUAUAGUCCCAAUGGAAAAAUAGGGAGAGAUGACCUAUCGCCGCCGAGCUCGCUGAAUGGCUACAGUGCAGAUAGUUGUGAUGCUAAAAAGAAGAAAGGACCGACACCACGACAACAGGAAGAACUUUGUUUAGUUUGUGGUGACAGAGCGUCUGGUUAUCAUUACAAUGCACUGACGUGUGAGGGUUGUAAAGGUUUUUUUAGGCGAAGUAUUACUAAAAAUGCCGUUUAUCAGUGCAAAUAUGGUAAUAAUUGUGAAAUUGACAUGUAUAUGAGACGUAAAUGUCAGGAGUGUCGAUUAAAAAAAUGUCUGCAUGUUGGUAUGCGACCUGAGUGUGUUGUACCAGAGAAUCAAUGUGUUAUUAAACGUAAAGAGAAGAAAGCCCAAAAGGUAGGGGAAAAGGAUAAACCAAAUAGUACAACGAUGAAUGGCUCACCAGGUAGUUUAAAUAUUGAUCAAAUGGGUGUUAAAAUAGAACCUGCGGAAGCUGAAUGUUUAUCAAUGUCUGGUAGUAGUAUUGGAUUACCAUCAAGUUGGCCGAAUGGCGUAAAACCUGUUAGUCCUGAACAAGAAGAAUUAAUACGUAGUCUUGUUUACUUUCAAAGCGAGUAUGAGCAUCCCAGUGAAGAAGAGAUACGAAAGAUCACGUAUCAACCGACAGAAAGUGAAGACCCCAGUGACAUCAGGUUCAGGCAUAUAACAGAAAUCACAAUAUUAACAGUACAAUUGAUAGUUGAAUUUGCAAAAAGGUUAACGGGUUUUGAUAAACUUCUACGUGAAGAUCAGAUUGCAUUAUUGAAAGCAUGUUCAAGUGAAGUUAUGAUGCUGAGAAUGGCGAGGAAGUAUGACGUCGAUAGUGACAGUAUCGUGUUUGCAAACAAUCAACCCUACACACGUGAGAGCUACAGUCUCGCUGGUAUGGGUGAAACUGUCGAAGAUCUAUUACGUUUCUGUCGGCAUAUGUACAAUAUGAAAGUUAAUAAUGCCGAGUAUGCUCUACUCACGGCCAUCGUUAUUUUUUCUGAUCGGCCGAAUUUAUUAGAAGCAUGGAAGGUGGAACAAAUUCAAGAAGUUUAUUUAGACGCAUUGAAAACUUACGUCGACAACCGACGUAAACCAAAGUCGGGCAUGAUAUUUGCAAAACUGCUGUCAGUUUUAACCGAGUUAAGGACACUCGGUAACCAAAACAGCGAAAUGUGUUUCAGUUUAAAACUGAAAAAUAAAAAGCUACCUCCCUUCCUUGCUGAGAUCUGGGACGUGAUGCCCUAGUUUAUUUUUACUCAUCGUCAGCCACCAAUGCUGCUACUACACUACAAGUCGUCGGCUCAGCAAAUUGUCAUUAAAAAAAUUUGCUUUGCAAUUAAUAUCACUAUUAUUAAUUUUAUUAUUAUUAUUGAUAAAAAAAACUAUAACUACUACUACUACUACUUUAAUUAUUAUUAUUAAUUAUUAAUUAUUAUUAAUAUUCAAUAGACGGCGGCGUGAGUGACUCUUUUACUAGUGCACCACUGUGUCACUGUCUCAAGUUAUUUAAUUUAUCAAUUAUUAUUUUAUAUUUUAUUAAUUAAUUAAUAUUAUAAUCAUGUCUUAAUAAUAUAUAUUUAUCGGAGCUGACAACUUCUAUAAAUUAAUUAAAUAAAUAAAUAUAUAAAAUAAAGCAUAAUUUUAAUUAACACAUGAUUAUUAUGUUAAAUAAUUAUUUUUUAAUGAUUAUUUAAAUAUUGAGACAGUGACUCAGGCACCCAGGCUGUGAUACAUAGAGACAGUUACAGAGACUAUAUAAAAAAAAAUAAUAAUUAAAAUAAAACUACACUUAAAUAAAUAUAUAUAAAUAUUUAUAAGAGAGAGCGGGGUACUGUCAAAAAUUUGGUAAAAAAUUAAUUUUUUUUACCGGAUAUUAUUUGUAAAUUUAAAUCUCGAUGAACUCGAGAAAAUUUUAAGUAUUUGGGGUAAAAUGGGACGCGAAAAUGUAAAAAUUUAUGAAAAGUUUGUGAUUAGAUGAACCGUUAUACCCCGGUCUCUUUUAUAUAUACGAUACAUAUAUUAAUAUAUCUCCUGGCUAUCCGUUAAUAUAUACAUAUAUAUGUAUAUAAUUGUAAAUCAUUUGUAUGACGUACUGAUUAAGCGGUAAAGAGAUAUUUAAAAAAAAAAAACGCGGGGAUGAGUGAAGAAAAUAAAAAAAGUUUUUUAAAUAAAUAAUAAAAUAAAAGAGAUGGAAAAUGAUGGAUUAAUAAAAUCGUUUGUCGGUCACUGUUGAGCAGUGAUUGGUAACACGGUUUUAAUUAAUUAAUGAUAUACAUAAUAUGAGAGUCUAUAUCACAUAUAUUGCAUAAUAUAUAAUAAUAUAUUAUUGCCAGCAUGUGUACGUUUUAUUGUGUUAAACGCAAUUACGGUUAAUGAUGGAUUAUAUAUAAUAAAUAUAAAUAUAUAUAAUUCAAAUAAGUUAAGAUGGAGAAAAAAAUAAAUAGAGUUAAAAUGUAUGAGUUUAAUUUUAGUAUGAAUGACGUUUUAAUGCAUGAGAUUAAAUUGUUUUAUCAUCAAUUAGAAUUCGAAUUUUGAGCUUUAAUUUUUUUUUAUUCAUUUAAAUGACUAAUUACAGUCGACCCGUCAUAGGCCUAGUCUAGGGGACAAGGAAGUUUUUCUUGAAAUUUCAGUCUCCACUACCGGGCAUUUAGUUUUGUUCUCGACUACUCGUUAUAAGCCUGUGGUUAUUUCAUAUUAUUGUAACGUCAUAUUUAAAAAUUCCGCGGGCGUGAUUUCAAAAUUAAGAUUUUCAUAAUUAACAAAAAUUUGAAUAAUUCAUUAUGAAUCUCGAUUUUUGAAUUACAGUUGAAAUAUUGGCCGUAUAAAAAAACUUUUGAAAUA